GCCGUCGCGACGAGGCGAGUGUUUCCAAAACAGGUGUAUAAUCUCGGCGAUCCCGAGCCCGCUCGUACCGUCCCGCGCCGCGUUUGUUUGUUUGUUUGUUUUUGUUUUUUUUUCUGUUGUUUUGUGGUGCUCGCGUUUUUAUUACGUCGCCGCGGAUAUCGUGAAAACGGUCCGGCUUUUCCGCAGUUUUCCGACCGAGUGCGCGUCGCGCGUACCCGUUUGUUUUUCCGGCGCUCGAAUCCUUAUCAGUUCGCGGUUUUUCGUGCAGUGAUCGGUUUUGGAAUUGUGGUUCUGCGUUGAUUCUUGGUUCGGUUCCGGAUGAUUUGAGCACGUGGUGAUUCUUGUUGCUCGCCCCUUCGUUCGUAAAUCGAGUGUGAGUGAUUGUAAACGUCUGAUUUUACGGAUUUCUCGUUUGGUGUGAUCGAUUUUUUAGAUCGACGAGGAAGAUUAUAACUGUGAAUUUUAGCUUUACUCGCUAUCUUUUUUUUACCCCUUGGAUUCAUUUGCCGCGAGCUUCGUUUCUGGUGUUUGGGGCGUGGGCGAUCGGAGUGUGAGUCACCCCCGUUCGAUCGGUCGAAGCAUGCGAGUGCGGUGUCACGAGUGCGAGCACAGCGGCUGAAAAUGGAAUUCCGCGCGGUGCCCCUCGGCGCCCUCUCCCUCGUCACUGUCGCCCUCUCGGCCCCCGGAGUGGAGGGCGCGCCGCCCCCCGACGACGCCUGCUACACCGGCGCCACCAUCUUCGCCGCCGUCCUCGGCACGCUCGUCAUUACUUUCGGCCUAAUCGCCGCCGCUUACGUUCUGCAGAGAAUCUACUGGAAUAGCAAAAAAGGAAAACAUCUGAUACUUGUAACUGAUCCUGAAAAAGGUGGUGACUUCGCAUUUGACAACCCAGGAUUCAGAGAGGGAACUCCCAUAAAUCAUGUGAAUCACGAGAAGGAAGAGGGGAAGAUCAAAUGGCCUCAUUUUACGACUCCAAUAAACGUGAUAGGUGGAAAUGGCGCAACGAAACCGAGAGCUUUGGAUGACUCAUUCGUCGGAGAGCCCUUGAUAAAUGUUGUGCCACUGCGGAGCCAUGACUUUACUGGACUCGGAUUCAAUAUUUGCGGAAAUAUGCGGGAUGGUAUUUUCGUCAAAGAUGUUCUACACCGAGGACCGGCAUCUGAAUCAGGGAAAAUAGUCUCUGGUGAUCGAAUCACCAGUGUUCGAAUCAGUUUCAAACAUAUGGUGUUCGAGGACGCAUUGACGAUUUUAAGCUACGCAUCUCCGUACGAAGUGCAGCUCGAAGUUGAGAAUGGCUCCUCAUCCGGCCCCUCGACUCUUUUGAGAAACAAGAAGCCCAUCAGUCCCGCCGAGAGGAUCUGCCACCCUUUCUAUCGAAGCCAGUCGAUUUCUGAUCUCUCACAGAUCGGCAAAACUGGCACGCGCUUGAUCAAAUGUGAACAACCUGCGAGCCUAACAGACAUGACGACCGUCGGAGUAUCCCGGCAAUCCGUUUUCGAAAUCACACCCAACAAAAGCUCCGAAAAAGCCCACAAAUUCGGGGUGCGCGUCCUGCCCGACCUGCGGCUGAACCAAGACGUCAAAUCCCCCAACUACAUCGAGUCCGAGAAACAGAACGCCUGCAACACGAUGCUCGAGAACUCGACGGCCAACAUCAUCGCCAACACGAACGCAAUCAACCACGCAGCCAGCAAAGCGGAGAGCUUCGACGAGGUGGACCUGGGGUCGAAACAGUCGAACGGCGGAAACUCGCAUACCAUCGAGAUGUCGACCGGAAGAAACACGCCCACCUCCCAUUUCAAGGAACACAACGUCAAAGCUAUCCUCGUCAAGGGACUCCAGAAUUUGAAGGACAGGAUCAACUUACCGCACAUCCACAAGAACAGCAACGGCAAAGUGGUGAAUCCGCCUUCCGACAUGGAGAAAGACGCCAAAGCUGCGGAUAAAGUGAUAGAGAACCCCCACGCUGAGGGCAGAAUCAAGUUGGAAACGGUCCCAAUGAAGAACGAAGAGCUUCAGCAAGUUGUAGUGUCAACCGCGGAUGUUGAAGUCAAAGCUAAUGGUCCCAGUAAACUCAUGGAGGAGGUUGAAAAAGCUGUGUCCAGCAUGCAGAAGUCUGCCGAGCCAACCGUCGUCACUGUCGGUAGGAAAGACAGCGGCUGCAGUGCGGACUCGACCGACGACACCUCCGGUCAGAAAAAAUCAAAGAGGAAGGCACCGAUGCCGCCGCAGGAAUCAAAAAGCGACGAUGCUAAAGAAGGAGAGGACGUCGAGCCCGCAGUCAAGUCAGCUGCCGACGGGCUCGAAGCGGAGGUCAUGAACCUCGUAUACUUCGGUAACAAUAAGUUCAUCGCCGAUGAACACCCGAGCCUCGUCGAGUCCAUCGACAGCGACUCGGAAGUGCAGAGCAGCACGACGAUCGAGCUCAACUCAUCUCAUAUCACCGUCCACCACGUACCUGAAGACACGAACCGGAAAGCCGCCUCCCUCGGCGACCUGUCCAAGAUCGCCGACGACGAGCCGUCCGCCGUCCUGGAGCGGGCGAUGUCCUUGGACAUGGCCGACGGAACCCCCAGGGGCAGCAAGAAGCGGAAAGCCCCGCUCCCGCCGCAAGAGGACUUCGUGCUCGACGACGCGCCCUUCUGCAAGGAGCCCAGGUUGGAUCUAGUCGGGCUGUCGAAACUCAAGAAGUCCUCCUGCUUCGGGACCAUGGAGGAGGCGCUGAGCCAGUCGCAGGACUUCGACCGGAGCCUCAGCGACUCGGACGAAGGAGUCAGCGAGAAGGAGGACUUCGAGCCGAGCAUGAUGUCGAACAAGCCCGAUCUCAUCUGUUCGACGCCGAUGAAACCGGACCUCCACGAGCGGCCCAAGACGCCCCCGGCCCCCAAGCACAACGUGAGCUCCGUCAACGUGGACGGCUGCAACUGGGAGAUGAGCUCUUCCGAGGCCUUCGUGACGGCCAUGAACGACACGGACGACACCCCGCCCGAACUACCCACGUCCCCGGUUCCGACGCUCCCGAGCUACGUCACCGAGAUACAAGUGAUGAACGCCAACGAGAGCAACGACAUCACGACCGACGAGCUGACGAUGGUGCAUCAAGAUACCGACUCGCAUAAUCACAAUCACAAUCAUAACCACACCUCGGAGGGGAGUCAGUCGAACGACUCCAGCGACGAGGCCCGACACCCGAACAACGACAUUCCGAGCCCGGUCGAGAGCAAUUCGAGCAUCGACACGGCCAUCUACGCCCCGCAAAGGAAUCACAAGACCAACAACGAUAUCAGUCCGUUCUUGAACAAGGACUCCCAGAAGGAUAUCGGCUCCUACCAGUUCAAUUUCAAGAGCGAGAACAUGUCCGACGAGGAGAUCCUGGCUUUGAAAACGUCCGCGUUAACCAAUAACAUCACUCCACCGAAACCCAAGAUGACGAACGGGGAGACCCCUAGCAACGGCGCUAUCAAGCAAUCGAAAUUAACACCCCCUAGUAAAAUUCAAAAGCCGAACGUGAGUGUGACUCCGAUCAAGGCCUCGGGUUCUAGGAUACCAAUUCGUGCCACCCCUCCGGAGCCUUCAGCGAGGUACGGAGCCGACAAGAACCGCAAAAGGAGUCCGGAACCGAACAAGUUCGUCAGUUUUUCCACUUUCAACGUCUCCCCCUCCCCGCGCUCCCUCACCAACGACCACAAGUUCCAGGACAGGAACUCGACCAACAACGAAAAUAUCACGCAAAUUAUUCUGGAUCAAAAAUGAGCCGCACGUGACAAGUCCGCUGUUUAAAUGUAAAUAGUAAACUUAUGAUUGUAUAAAGAUUUUAAUUUCUUUUCCACCUUGUCCAAUCCGUCCAUAUCGUCGAAAAUCAGGAAUUCUUAAGGUGUGUGCGAAUUCAGCAUUUACCAAGAACCGGUGCCUUUCAAGAAGUUAAGGUGGAUCCAUAGUGGGAGUAUGCAAACAUCGGAAUAUUAAACAAAUUUUUCUAACAUACCUGCUUACUUGUUUUAUUUUAAAGUGUUGAAGAAAAUGAACCCGUUGCAGCUAAAAGACUAUUCCAGUUGUUUUUUCCGAAAAAUUUCAAGCACGAAACCCUGGAUUGAAGCUGAAUGUGAAUGCGAAAAGUGACCGUUCGGUUUGACCAAUUUAAUGCAAUAUAAUGUGUCCACAUGCCUGCAUUCAGUUUUAUUUCAGAGUUAUUCAUAAAAUUGAUUUUUUUUAAAGAAACAGGUGGGUCUUUAAACGUAAUUGUUCCUUUUUUUGUCGAAACUGUAAAAAGAAACUAGUAUUUUAGCAAAAUUGUUCCAAAUACCUCGGUGUUUGUUUACUUCCAAUGUAGUUUCAUCUUAAACUAUGCUGGGGAUUGAGUGAUUUUGACAAUGAUUACUGCUCAGGUUGAUUUUUCAGGACGAAUCAUUCCUUCCGUUUUUUAAGCUUCCUCGUGGUUCUAAACAAGGCUUGCUUAAAUUUAGCACUCAAGUUUUUAAGUUUUGUGCAUUGUAAUCUAGAAUAUAGUGCUAGUUUUAAGAGAAUGUAAAUAUCGAACUGUUUUCAAGUCCCUUACAUUACCGUCCGUAAAUUGUUGAAUUGUUUUGUUUGUUUUUACUGAAUGAAUUUAUACAUUUUUUAUUUUUUAAUUUUCUUUGUCAUAUACUUAUUAGAUGUUAAUUUUUUUUGCAUUCUUUCACUUUACAAUGUUGAUCCAUUGUAUGAAAACUCAAAUAUUUGUUCUGAAAAUAUUUUGCUGUAUUUGCUCAUCGAACAGUCAUGUUUUAAGUAUCCCAGAGGUUAUUAUUAUCAUACUUAUUAGCUUAUAUUUUUACUCGAAUUUUUAGUAAAUAUUUUAAUGGAUACUUCAAGAAGGUACCUAUUCCUUGAAGGAAACUUUCAUAGAUUAAAAAACUAUACUUUUGCAUGCACAGGGACGAUCAAUCAAUCAGGGAGGAUUUAUCGGCCUCACAAUUUUAAACUUUUGAGUACAAUUCAAUGUGUCUUCAUAGGCUGCCGUAAAAGCCCUCAGAAAUCAUGAAUAAUUAGCCUUAAAACAUAGGCAACCUUUCAAGCGUGAUCUAAGGAGCUACAUUUUUUAACUUUUUUCCUGAGAUAAAUUUUAUAUUUAUGGAUGAUCAUGGCGUCAAAAAUUAUUUUGAAGGAAUUGCUACAUGAAAUUGGAUCGAACUGAAUUUAGAGAAAAAAGACUUACAAGAAAAAUAACUGUCAUCAGAAAACUAUGAUAAGAACACAUAUUUAAUGGAAAAAUUUAUUUCAAUAUUUCAAAUGAGUAAUUGGUAAAAUAAUCCUAGAAAAUUGGCGCAACAAGUCGAAAGAAGAGAAAAAUGUUUGCUGGGAGCUUCACUGAGAGAGGCAAUCGAUGAGAAGGUUCUUUUUGAAAAUGAAAAUCACUAAUUUUUGUAAAAUCCAAUAUAAUAAUGCAAUUCUAUCCUCGAUCACCAAUCAUGGACCCCAUGAAAAAGCAUUGAGGACUACCAACUAUCUCUUCAUAAAAUGUAUUCUUUUCUUCAAGAUUUGUGAUUUUUUUUGAUUAUUCAGUCACAUGUUCACAUCUUUCCUUUUUAACAAUAAUUUUUCUACAUUAGUUUUUAACCGACAAUUAGCUCUUAGUGUUAAUAAACAUAAUAUUGAAGAUUAGUUGCCAUUGGCAGCCACUCUUCAACCCGUGAAAAUCAGAAACGUGCCUUUGUAUCAAACUGAAUAUUGACUCGUUUAAUUUAGAGGAUAAAAUCCUGAUUUACGUUUUGGUUCACUCUAAGGAACAAAGCUGUGCAAAAUUUGAAUGCGUACCCCACGCUUAGGUUUCCCUCUUCUCCAUAGCGAUGAUUGCAUUUAAUUGUUUAACUUGUUCGAAGCAAACAAGUACUCUUAGUUAAGAGGGUAAGAGGCAAUACUACUGUCUUUAAGAGCGAUGUUUUUCUUUCCUCAAAGUACCACCCCCCCCCCCCCAAAAAAAAAAAUUCCGAAUGUAAUUUGAUGAAAGUCAAAGCAUAUUGGUACACCGCCUAGCAUGAAAUUGCAUUAUUUUAAAUCCGUUAUAUCAAUCAUUCGUAAUCAUUCAUAUCGUUCAUAUCGUUCGUUAUCAUUCAAUCAUUUAUUCUGAAUGCUUUACCUACGUAUAUUGGUUUAAUUGAAAGACCAAUAUCUUUUGCUCAAGUGCUUUCAAAUUUGCCUUGAUUUAUUUGUAAUGUGCCAAGUAUUAAUAAGAAUUUGUGUGAGCUUAAAAUUCAAAUUCUAAAAUUGUUUCAAGAUUUGCAUUUCCCUUUUAAAAGAUAAGGCAAAAGUGCCUAUUUUUGUUCAUGCAACUCAACUUGAAUCGUCAAUAUGUUUAUCUCUAUAACCAUUAGACACUUAAAAUAAUAUUUUAUAAUGUAAUCAAUUAAAGAAUUUUUCAGUAUUUUCAGCGUCUAGAAAAUAAACGAUGCAUUUUAUUUUUCGAAAACUUGCUUUAAUUUUAUAAUUUUUUGGAACACACAAAAAAAGUACAACUCUCUCCAAUCAGUAUGGAUGGUGAUAUUUUUGAACUCUCUGUUCUAAGGUUCCCUAAAAAUAUCGACUCACUUACAUUAUAUGGUCAUUGAAAAUAAAAAUAAAAAAAAUUGGUUUAAUUUUUAAGUAGUUUAAGUAUGGAUAUAAGCCAUGCAUUAUUAUUUCAAUUACUUCUGAUUUAUCGAAA